AUGAAGUCUGUCGAGAGCUCCAUGACGGACGACGUGAGCGGCCAAGUGUACCCCGAAGAGCUCCUCUUGGAAGCAUUCGACUUGCAAUGGGAAGUCAUUGAGCUACGGCGUCAGCAGCUGGAGAAGACGUGGCAGCACUUUCUCUUGACGGAAGAAAUGGAGCAAGAGGAAUUGGAAUACGAUCGUGACCUGCGUCGACUUGAUUUUCUGACGAAGGAGAAGGAGAAGAAGCGGCAAGAGGAGCAGAAGAAGGGGGAGAAAGAGGCGCGUGAACAGGCGGAACGUGAGCAUGAAGAGGUCCUACGUCGUAAAUGGGAAAUGGAGAGAGUGCAAGUGGAAAAACAGAAGAAACAAGUGACAGGGCGCGGCACGCAGACGGACGAAAGUGCGUUGAAGUCGAAGAAGAAGAAGAGCGAGGAAAAGACGAAAGCAAAGUCGAAGGUGUUGAUAAGUGGAGUAACGCAGGAAAAACAAGCGCGUCACAAGACCAAAGUGAAGCGAAUUGCACCAAUUUGUUUGCCAGUGACACGACCAGAAGAUGAAGAGGUUGUUGGUGAGAAAAGGAGUAUGAUGAGUACAGCUAGCGUGUGUGAAAGUCCGCCACCGGAGCUUCCUGAAAACGGUCUUCUAAAUCUGUUGUCGAUGAACAAGGGUAGUAGUGACUCGGACGCCGAUGAUGAGCCGUCUACGAUGAGUUUGAUUUUGCCAGUGGCUCAAGACUCUGCAAAGCCACCACCAGCAAUGAAGGAGAAGGUGCCAACAGUCCAGAAAAAGGUGGCAAAGAAGAAGCGGGAUCCACCGCUGGAUUUCAACUUUACAAAUGCGGGAGCAAAGCGACAGGCUGAAGUAGAUGCAGCUGCUCAGGAUGAACAGGACGAACAGGACAGGUUUGACGAAGGCGAACCUGAAGGCGAACCAAUGCCCGAGCCGCCGGUGGUACCCCCCAAAAAGCGUUUGAAACGUAGAAAGGAUGUUGCAAAAGAUCGUCAAGCUGUAAACGGUACUGCAUCGGGUGGGAAUUCGAUGAUGGCAGCCGUGACAAAGACAACUAUCGCAACUAAGCCUACGAAGGGUGCAACGAAUAGCGAGAUUAAUGCCGAGUCUAAUGUCAUGCGUAAAAAGACGAUUGGAAACGGCAAGGUCGUGAAAGAUUCUGCGACUAGUUUGAAGUCGAAGAAUGCGCAACGGUCAGCUGAGGUCGAGGGAAGUUCGUCCGGUCUACCACAAAAGAGGAAAGGUACUGACAAAACGGAGAUGAUGUCGAUCAAGGAUCGGCUGGCAAAUGCUGAGCUUCUCGCUCAAAUGAACAAGAGGCAAGACAUAAACACACCAAAAGUGCUGGGCAAAAACACAAAGAAGACACAAAAACAAGGAGCAGCAAAGUCGCUUGCCGCGAAGCGAGCGGAAAAGCGUGAGGCGUUGUCAAGUGGUACAGCAGGCACGGACAUACCUCUGUCGGACCAAAUAAUUGAUGAGGGAGAUUUGAACAUCAGCUUGAACAGUAGUGGCCUGAUGAGUGACAACGACUCGCCUGAAAGUGUUCGUGUACCGACGCGGAAACGACCGCGAGAAGUGAAGCCAGGCGAUGUGACACCUAGGCAGCAGCUGCAGUUUCUCGAGAUUACGAAACGAUUGGCUAAGUCGCCGAUGCCACGACUUCUGCGGACUCCUACUCCCCUCAUGUCACCUGUGGGUCCAUCAGUUCUCAUGAAGCCGAAGGCUGUGUCACCAGGCCCUCGUGCUGCAAGCGCUCGUAAUAUCCCAACAAGGAAUGAAGGAACACGCCGCAUGAACUCAGCUCCCGUUAGGCCAAAGAGAGCUACCGAUGCGAACCAGUUUGGUGCCCCAAACAGAUUUACAAGUGGUGCAAGUGUUGCUGCGGGCGUUGGUGGUUUCUCAAUGUUCGACGCGUUCGUGAACAGCGGCAGUAAUGGAUCGAUUCCACGGCUGAAAUCGAAAUUUCGGGGUGACGUCUCGCCUUCGAUGUAA